CUCUCGUCUGUAAACCAAUCAUAAUUUGGAACAGGAAUGUAUAUAUAUAAAGUUUAUAACCUUAAGUCAUUAUUGCUGUCCCGCACACUUCUACGUACAGGUUCUGACGCAAUGGCUCGCACCAAGCAAACAGCUCGUAAAUCAACUGGAGGAAAGGCUCCGAGAAAACAGUUGGCUACCAAAGCCGCUCGUAAGAGUGCACCCGCAACUGGGGGAGUCAAGAAGCCCCAUCGCUAUCGUCCAGGAACAGUCGCUCUUCGUGAAAUUCGUCGCUACCAGAAGAGUACUGAGCUCCUCAUCCGUAAACUCCCGUUCCAACGACUUGUUCGUGAGAUCGCACAGGACUUCAAAACCGACUUGAGAUUCCAAAGUUCAGCUGUGAUGGCUCUUCAGGAAGCCAGCGAAGCAUACCUCGUUGGUCUGUUUGAAGAUACCAACCUGUGCGCUAUCCACGCCAAGAGAGUUACUAUCAUGCCAAAAGAUAUCCAGCUGGCUCGUCGUAUUCGUGGAGAGAGAGCUUAAAUUUUA